AUGACGACUGACGAAGAGAAAUCCAGAUUAUUGAAAAUAUUACAAGACCUUGAAGUCCCUGAGGACAGGCUACCAGAACGUUGUCAAGGACUGUUAAAAGAAAUCCAUCAAAAGUUUGCGCAUGAACUAGAGGAAAAUAUAGAGGAUGUAGGAGAUGUGAAUUACGAAAAUCCCUACAUACCAGAUAAGGACUCGCUUGAAGAAAAUGAACGUAAGCUUCGUGAACUGUUAUUGGAAGAAAAACGAACUAAAAAGGAAUGCAUCGAAGAGAACUCUGCAGAUGUUAAAAGACCGUGGCGCACUAACUCAAGCAAAGAAAAGCUGCUGCGAAUCGACGUUGAUUUAAAAAGACACCUGGAACGAGGUGCGGACUUGAUUGGACCGUUAACUGAUACGGACAUGCAAGAGCUGGUUAAGACCUGUCUAGAGAAAAAUGCAAAGUCGGGCCCGAUCAGUGCAGAUCGGCUGCGCGAGACGAUAGACGAGGCUCGGAUUAAUCUACCCAACUUUCAAUACCGCAAAGUGGAUAACAGGACUGCCACCGCCAUUCUAUCGGAUGCACAUGUGGUAAAGGGCAACGAAACUGAAAAAGAUGACGGAAUCAAUAACAGACUUAUUUAA